UUCUUACAUCAGUUGGGAGCUGAAAGUGCAGACAGCAUCGGCGCAGUACUAAACAGUAAAGAUGAACUCAGAGAGAUCGAGGAGACAAGAGAAACAUGCAGGGCUUCAUUUGAUAGUGCAGCAGCACCUUCCAAAAGGAAGUCACAGACAGAAAAAGAGGACACAGAGGAAGAUGUGGAAGAACAAAAGGAUGUGGUAGAGGUGCAGCAGCCCGAUGAAAGCAACCCAUAUGAGGAGGUGUACAAGGACUCGAGUACUUUCCUCAAGGGUACCCAGAGUUUGAACCCUCACAAUGACUACUGUCAGCACUUUGUGGACACAGGGCACAGGCCUCAAAACUUCAUCAGAGAUGUUGGCUUGGCUGACAGAUUUGAAGAAUACCCCAAACUUCGAGAGCUGAUCAGACUGAAGGAUGAACUUAUCUCCACCACAAACACCCCUCCCAUGUACCUUCAGGCUGAUCCAGAGCAUUUUGACCUGCGGGAUUUGAAAUGCAAGUUUGAUGUCAUUCUGCUUGAGCCUCCCUUAGAGGAAUACUACAGAGAAUCAGGCAUCAGCCACACUGAACGUUUCUGGACCUGGGAUGAUAUCAUGAAACUGGAAAUAGAGGAGAUUUCAGCUUUACGCUCCUUCGUCUUUCUGUGGUGUGGCUCCGGUGAAGGCCUGGACUUGGGCAGAAUGUGUUUGAGGAAGUGGGGCUUUAGGCGGUGUGAGGAUAUCUGCUGGAUCAAAACCAACAAGAACAACCCAGGAAAGACCAAGGCCCUGGACCCGAAAGCAGUAUUUCAGAGGACCAAGGAACACUGCCUAAUGGGAAUCAAAGGAACAGUGCGCAGGAGUACUGAUGGUGACUUCAUCCAUGCCAAUGUAGACAUUGACCUGAUAAUCACUGAGGAGCCUGAGAUGGGAAAUGUAGAGAAGCCAGUAGAGAUCUUUCACAUCAUUGAGCAUUUCUGUUUGGGACGUAGGAGGCUGCACCUGUUCGGACGAGACUCAACCAUAAGACCAGGCUGGCUGAGUGGUCCAACUUUAACCAACAGUAACUUUAACCCAGAGGCCUAUGCCUCUCACUUUGGCUGCCUAGCUCCCACCUGUCUCUGCACUGAGGAAAUAGAAAGACUGCGGCCUAAGUCUCCCCCCGCCAAGCUAAAGUCAGACCGUGGUGGUGGCGCACCAAGAGGGGGACGUGGUGGGCCAAAUGCAGGAAGAGGAGGCGACAGAGGCCGUGAAAGAAACCGACCAAAUUUCCGCGGGGACAGGGGAGGGUUCAGAGAGGGGAGGGCUCACAGGGGCUUUCCUCCUCGUUAAGGAGUGUAUUACCAGCCACACAUAGGAUUCCCAUCUGCAUUGUCUGCAAACAACAAGCUUAACUGUUAUGCAGUUGGUAUGAAGGCUCAGGAAAUUCAUCAUCAGCUUAAGAAUCCUCUUCUACGCCAUCCUGACUUAAAUUACACUUUUUAUAGACAUGACCCAAACGUAGUAUUGUUAGUGUGUAAGAUUUGACAAUUUGUUUUUUUUUGUGCUUUUUCAUGGACAUACUGAAGAAAUAGUAUGUAUAUCUAAAUAAACUUGUUUUUCCACUCA